GCGGCGGUGGUGGCGGCAGUGGACGGGGCGGCUGGGCGUGGAAGAGUCGGAGCAGCCUCUGGCAGAAGGAUGACCCAAGACAGGAAGCAGGCUGCUGAGCCUCGCCGGCUCCCGUGCUUGUAACUGCCCCAGCCGGACACCCCCCCCUUGACCUACCCGUCCUUCAGUGAAUCUACAGACCUAUUUUCUCAGGAGCUCAGCCUGGCCCUACUUCAGUGAUAAAGGAGGAAAGUUUAAAACAAUACUGGCAUUUCAAAAGCAAACGGACUCCAAUAGAAGACGUUCUAUAGAAGUACGCCCUGUUGUGGGAGACUGAGAUCUUCAGAGUUUCAUGGUCUAGGUCCUGUAUUCUAUCAGGAAUAAAUUCUGUGAACUUUUUUCCUCAAAGAAAAGAUCGCUUCUUGCAAGAACCUUAAACCAGUGUCCCAGAAGAUGAGCUUUACAACCUCUGGGUAUAGGUUCAACCUCAUGGCUCUCCUUUUCUGAGAAGUGGUUCUCAGAGCUAGGCUGGCUGCAGUAAACAUCAUUCAAGAUGUCCAGCAAAGGGAGCAGCACAGAUGGCAAAACAGACUUAGCUAAUGGAAGCCUGUCUAGCAGUCCAGAGGAGAUGUCUGGUGCUGAGGAGGGGAGGGAGACAUCCUCAGGCAUUGAAGUGGAGGCCUCAGACCUGAGCUUGAGCUUGACCGGGGAUGAUGGUGGCCCCAACCGCACCAGCACAGAAAGUCGAGGCACAGAUACAGAGAGCUCAGGUGAAGACAAGGACUCUGACAGCAUGGAGGACACUGGCCAUUACUCCAUCAAUGAUGAAAACCAAGUCCAUGACCGCUCAGAGGAAGAAGAGGAUGAAGAAGAGGAGGAAGAAGAGCAUCCUCGUCGUCGUGUACAGCGCAAGCGGGCAAACCGUGACCAGGACUCAUCAGAUGAUGAGCGGGCCCUGGAGGACUGGGUGUCCUCGGAGACCUCAGUCCUGCCCCGACCUCGCUGGCAAGCCCUUCCUGCCCUUCGGGAGCGGGAGCUGGGUUCAAGUGCCCGCUUUGUGUAUGAGGCUUGUGGGGCAAGAGUCUUUGUGCAGCGUUUCCGCCUGCAGCAUGGGCUUGAGGGCCAUACUGGUUGUGUUAAUACCCUGCACUUUAACCAGCGCGGCACCUGGCUGGCCAGUGGCAGCGAUGACCUGAAAGUGGUGGUUUGGGACUGGGUACGGCGACAGCCAGUGUUGGACUUUGAGAGCGGCCACAAAAGCAAUGUCUUCCAGGCCAAGUUCCUUCCUAACAGUGGCGAUUCCACCCUGGCCAUGUGUGCCCGUGAUGGGCAGGUUCGGGUAGCAGAGUUGUCUGCUACACAGUGCUGCAAGAAUACAAAGCGUGUGGCCCAGCACAAGGGAGCAUCCCACAAGUUGGCCCUGGAACCAGACUCUCCCUGUACGUUCCUAUCUGCAGGUGAAGAUGCAGUUGUCUUCACCAUUGACCUCAGACAAGACCGGCCAGCUUCGAAACUGGUGGUGACAAAAGAAAAGGAGAAGAAGGUGGGGCUGUAUACAAUCUAUGUGAAUCCUGCCAAUACCCACCAGUUUGCAGUGGGUGGACGAGAUCAGUUUGUAAGGAUUUAUGACCAGAGGAAAAUUGAUGAGAAUGAAAACAAUGGAGUACUCAAGAAAUUCUGCCCUCAUCACCUGGUGAACAGUGAGUCCAAAGCAAACAUCACCUGUCUUGUGUACAGCCACGACGGCACAGAGCUCCUGGCCAGUUACAAUGAUGAAGACAUUUACCUCUUCAACUCCUCUCACAGUGAUGGGGCCCAGUAUAUUAAGAGAUAUAAGGGCCACAGAAAUAACGCCACAGUAAAAGGCGUCAAUUUCUAUGGCCCCAAGAGUGAGUUUGUGGUGAGCGGUAGUGACUGCGGGCACAUCUUCCUCUGGGAGAAAUCAUCCUGCCAGAUCAUUCAGUUCAUGGAGGGGGACAAGGGAGGCGUGGUAAACUGUCUUGAGCCCCACCCUCACCUGCCUGUGCUGGCAACCAGUGGCCUAGACCAUGAUGUCAAGAUCUGGGCACCCACAGCUGAAACUUCCACUGAACUUACAGGGUUAAAGGAUGUGAUUAAGAAGAACAAGCGGGAACGGGAUGAAGAUAGCUUACACCACACCGACCUAUUUGAUAGCCACAUGCUCUGGUUCCUUAUGCAUCACCUGAGACAAAGACGCCAUCACCGGCGCUGGCGAGAACCUGGGGUUGGGGCCACAGACGCAGACUCGGAUGAGUCUCCCAGCUCCUCAGAUACAUCGGACGAGGAGGAGGGCCCUGACCGGGUGCAGUGCAUGCCAUCCUGAGGCCUCGUACCCAGGAGGGGCAGGCUGGGGCUGCCAACCCGAUCCUGCCUGGGCAGCCCUUUCCUGUCCCAGGCUCUAACAUUCAGCAGAAACGCACUUUGGACUUUUUUGCUUUAGAUUUAAAAAAAAAAAAAAAGAAAAGAAAAGAAAAAAAAGAAAAAAAAAAGACAUCCCAGGAGGACAAGCCAGAGGGGAGCAAACCUACAGAGCAUCUAGAAGUGGGAAUUGAGCCCUGGAAUGGGGUUCCAUGGAGAGGUGCAUAGGACUUGGCAGAAAUGGCCUCUCCCCAAAGCCUUUUUUUUGGGGGAGGGGGGAGCCUAUUUUGUUAAGUGGUUUGGGGUAGGGAAUGGGGUUUCCUUUUCUUUGAUCUCCCUUGUUUCUUGGGUGGGGGGUGGGGGGAUAACUGGCUGUUCAGUACCAAGGGGCCAGACUGGGGGUGGUAGAAAUGCCACUCUCUCUUUGGUUUAGGUUUUUGACUUUAUUUUCUUUAUUUUUUAAAAUUCUAUGACAGUUGCAUUGUUUUUUCUUCCCCCUGAGCAACCAACCCCAUCCCAGGAUCCUGUUUUUCUGGGGAGUCCUUAGAGCCCCUAACCAUCCCACACUCACUUUCUUUUCCACCCCAUUCAUUCUCUGUACUUAUCACAGUGUUUUGCACUUGAUUAUGUAUCCUUCACUCUCUUCUCUUCAUCCCAUCACCCCCUCAGUAGGUCUGGUGAGGGAGGUUGGGGGGAGGUGGGAGGAGGGACAGAAGUGGAAGAAUAGGAAGGUGGUUACCUCUUCUGUUACUUAAAAAAAAAAAAAGUUGUUUGGUGGCAGCAAUCUCCCUGUCCCUAUCACUGUUAGAGGCCUAAUUUUAUAUCUAUAAAUAUAUUAAAAAGCAAGUCAAAAUUGGAUGUAUCAUGUUAAAAUUAUUGUUGAAGUUUAAAUACCUAUAUAUUCUCUAUGACUGCAAUAAAGGGACUUACAGGAGAGAGUGAGUGAGAGUAAUGAUGUGGAGGUAUCACCUGGGGUCAGCCUACCCUCUAUGCACGGCUACUGGAGAUUAGGGCUUAACCCUUAUGUUUUAGGAGGCUCAAGAAUGGAAGGAUCCUGAAUUCUGCCCUUUCCUGCUUUCCUACCAUGGUUUCAGGGUUGGGAAGCCCCUUUCAUCUCUUUGCUCCAGAUAUCCUACCUCUGCUUAAGUCUUGUGGGGGUUCCCAGGAUGGCUCUGCUAACCAGAGACUGGCUCAUCUUCAAAACUUGACUGAACUGUGACUUCAGGAAGGGUUCUGCCACUGCAGACCGUCUCUCCUAAUACUGUGUGUGACAGAAGACACACUCAUUCUUACCUUUAGCUGCUUGAUUCUUUAAACUAUCCAACUCCACACCAACUCCCUUCCUAAUGGAAGAGUAUAGGGAAAGACCUCCUGGGUUUGACUUUAUACCUUGUCCACCUUUUCCUGUCUUGGGAUUGAAGGACAAGUCAUUAAUCUAAGGAUUGAGUAAGGUGGCUGGGGCUCAGACACCUAUUGUAUCACUGGUCACUAAUUAUCAAAGUCCCAGUUGCAUUCUUGCCCUUAAAUACUUUUGUUGCUAUUUCUUUGCCCCCAACCAGGAAUUCUGCAUCCUGGGACAGUCAGAUUCUACUAGAACAGGCCAGGAAGGAAGGGAGGAGUGAAAGGGUAGAAUUCCCAGAUACUACUUCCUCCUGCCCCUUUUCCUAGCAGCUCUCAGACCAGAUGUUAGCUGCUGUACUUCCUCCCUGAGGUAGUGAAUGUGUGGUGACUGUGAGUGGUCUGUGUUCUUAUCGCUGGUGGGGUGAUGGAGUGGGCUGAAACCAUGCACUCUGGAAUUUGUUGUGUAUUUUCUCUCAGUAAAGCUUCCCCCCCGCCCCCCGA